AUGAAGUCGCCUCCCUGCUGCAUGUCUCUUUCUUCCCAAGCAUCCCUGUAGAAACCAGGGAGCAGCACGUCCCUGGGCUCCCUGGACUCCAGUGUUUUCUCCAGUGAGGAUGAGCAGGGGCCCCUGCUGCAGAAGGUCAUUCCCUCCUUGGACUGCUUUACUAUCAACGUAGGAGGCAGCCGCUUUGUGAUGUCCCAGCAAACUUUGUCUUGCUACCCUGACACCCGUCUUGGCAAAUUGGCCGUAGUGGUCUCUGCUGCCCGGGACGUGGCCUCUGGGCUCCUUGAGCUUUGUGAUGAUGCCAACCUCGUGGAGAAUGAAUAUUUUUUUGACCGGAGCUCACAGGCGUUUCACUACAUCCUGAAUUACUACCAAACAGGGAGGCUGCAUGUGAUGGAGCAGCUUUGUGCACUCUCCUUCCUGCAGGAGGUCUAGAACUGGGGUUUGGAUGAGCUCCGCAUUGAUGCCUGCUGCAGAGACCGGGUCGUUGUGGAUUUUUCAGGAUUGUACUUCAGGAGGAAGGAGCUGAGUGAAGCCUUAGAUAUCAAGAAAGAUGCAGAAGAACUGGAUGCUCAAGAUGAAGAAGAAGACUUUUCUGGUAGCCUCUGUCCUAGUGUCAGGCAGAAACUUUGGGAAGUUUUGGAAAAGCCUGGCUCCUCUGCAGCAGCCAGGACUUUCGGCACUCUGUCCAUGGUUUUUGUUGUUGUGUCCAUUGCCAACAUGGCUUUGAUUUCGGUAGAGCUAAGCUGGCUGGCACCACCGCUACUGGAUGCCCUAGAGUACCUGUGCAUUGCGUGGUUCACUGUGGAGUUUGUUCUGAGGUUCCUGUGUGCUCGGGAUCGGUGUCGCUUCCUAAGGAGUGUGGCAAACAUCAUAGACCUCCUUGCUAUUUUACCUUUCUACAUCACCCUGCUGGUGGAGAGCCUGUGUGGUGGGGAGAGCUCCCAAGAACUGGAGAACGUGGGGCGCAUUGUCCAAGUACUGAGACUGCUCAGAGCCCUACGGAUGCUAAAGCUGGGAAGACAUUCAACAGGCUUGCGGUCUCUUGGGAUGACUAUCGCCCAGUGCUACGAGGAGGUUGGCCUUUUGCUGCUUUUCCUCUCUGUGGGAAUCUCUAUAUUUUCCACUGUGGAGUACUUUGUUGAGCAAGGCGUGCCGGGCACAACUUUCACAAGCGUGCCUGGUGCUUGGUGGUGGGCGACAACUUCCAUGACAACUGUUGGUUACGGUGACAUUAGACCAGACACUACCAUUGGUAAGGUAGUGGCCUUUAUCUGUAUACUAUCAGGAAUACUGGUUUUGGCUUUGCCAAUAGCUAUAAUAAAUGACCGUUUUUCUGCCUGUUACUUUACACUGAAGAUAAAAGAAGCUGCUCUUCGGCAGCGUGAAGCUUUAAAGAAACUCACGAAGAACUCAUCCAGCGAUUCAAAUAUCAAUGUUAAUUUGCGAGACAUAUAUGCCCGCAGUGUCCUAGACAUGUUACGGUUAAAAAGCAGAGAGAGAGCAAGUACAAGGAGCAGUGGAGCAGAUGAUUUUUGGUUUUGACUUUUAAGUUAUUUAGCCUUGUACAGAAAAUAGACUACUUCAAAAAUGUAGUAUUAAGCAUUUCUUUUUUUUUUUAUUAUUUGCCACAUAGUGUAUUUGCUUUUCCAGCUGGAGUUUUACUUAAAUGAACAGACUGAGAUUAUCAUUGUAUACAAAAGGCAGAAUUCAUAAUAUUGUGUCUCUCAAGGAGCUCUGAAACCUGCUUCCAGAGCUGGAUCGUGGUGGGUGAGAUGGGAAACAAUGGGCCCAUCAAAGUAAAACAGUGACGCAAACACUUGUCUAUGAAUCUUACGUCCUUGCUAAUGUAUAAUAAUAAAGUCGUAGUGAAAACUG